AUGGCGGUUGACUUGGAGAAGGUCUACUCGAAUACAGACUCAUCAGCGGACCUGCGUGUAUACCGGCGAUUAUCCGGUAACUCAUCCCGCAAGAAUUUGAAUCUGUGCAAUCGGCGCUUACGACUUGUCGCGCCCCCUGUAAUUACCUCCUCAAAAGGUAAGAUUGGAUUGCAUAGAGCAACUCUUUUUCAUUUUUUGUUUGGGGCUCGGUCUUGCUCCAACUUCACAACAUGA